GGUGUUUGUUGUUGUUGUUAUUGUUGGUGUUGGUGUUGGUAUUAUUUUUGUUUAAUAUUACAAAAAUUUGAUGCCAGUAUUUUUCUUCAUCUCCGUCUUCGCCUUCGUCUUCGUAUGCGUUUGUUAAAACACAAAGCAUAAAACACAACAAACGUCAAGCAAAUUACAUAUUUUGGAAGUCAUAAUCGCCAGAACAGCACAGCACGUACGGCCCUUGUUUGACUCUACUUGAUUCGAAGGUCCAAAGCUUAAUAUAUGACCUUGACGUCAUCAACCUUCUGUUAAGGCAUUGGUAUUGAAUAUAUUAGAGAAAGAUAUAUUAAAAGAAAGAUACCAGACUGCCACGGCGCAGAACUUAUGAGUAAUUGGACUAAAACCUCGCAAAAAAAUUUGAAGCCAACUGCUAUAAAUUUUAUGAUUUGACUUAAAGAUGUAAAAUUUAAAUAUCCUGAAGUAUAAAAAAAAACAUACCCAGAACCUUAUGUGUGCAGAACUUAGCCAAAGAGUAUUGGACUCAACAGUGGUGGUGUUUAAGUGGUGUAUUUCAUACUUAUUACUCCACUGAUUUUCGACUUUAGGUGAUAAGAUAGAAAAUUUGUGCCAGUAAAGACUACAAUUUUUAAGAAAUCCAAUAAAAUUCGAAAUGGCUGAAGAAACUUGUUUGCCAUUGGUCACAAAAACCAACUCUGACAAAGCAGUUAUCCUGCCGGCAGGACCUGUUAAUGUGGAUGCAGUUGUCAGUUACCAGAAACAGCAAAAUAUAGCUCAUACGGGUAGCAGUGAAGCUGCCUCUCUAAUGACUACAAAUUUCAAUUUAAAUUUAAACACAACCGAGCAGCAAGGACUCAAGCUGCAAGCUAAAUUCGUGGACAACAACCUGAAGGACGGUUCACAAAAUAAUCUAUGCAAUGGUGGCAUAUCUGGUAAUCACAUACUACCUACCAAAAUACAAAAUAAUACCAGUCCGAAUGGACAGAAGAAGGGCACAGUUUCAUUAUCACACCUACCGCAGCGUCCACCAGUUGAUAUUGAAUUUUGUGAUAUAUCCUAUUCGGUGUCGGAAGGACGACGACGUGGCUUUAAAACAAUACUGAAAGGCGUUUCGGGUAAAUUUCGAAAUGGCGAGCUUACUGCAAUUAUGGGUCCAUCUGGUGCUGGCAAGAGUACGCUUAUGAAUAUUUUGGCAGGUUACAAAACGGCUCAAUUGAGCGGCUCAGUAUUGAUAAAUGGCAAAGAACGCAAUUUACGUCGCUUCCGGAAGCUGUCUUGUUACAUUAUGCAAGACGAUGUGCUCAUUGCGAAUCUCUCUGUCCGUGAAGCAAUGAUGAUAUCUGCCAAUCUGAAAUUGGGUAAGAACAUGAGCAAGGCUGCCAAAAAAGUUGUUGUUAAUGAAAUUCUCGAAACGAUUGGCUUAAUGGAAUCAAGCAAUACUCAGACUUGUAAUCUCUCGGGUGGACAACGUAAACGUCUGUCUAUAGCAUUAGAAUUGGUCAACAAUCCACCUGUUAUGUUUUUCGAUGAGCCCACAUCUGGCCUAGACAGUUCAACAUGCUUCCAGUUAAUAUCAUUGCUCAAGUCAUUAGCACGUGGUGGCCGCACUAUAGUUUGCACUAUUCAUCAACCCUCUGCACGUUUAUUUGAGAAAUUUGAUCAUCUCUAUAUGUUGGCCGAGGGACAAUGCAUGUAUCAAGGACGUGUACGCGGCUUGGUGCCAUUUUUAUCAUCAUUAGGUUACGAUUGUCCAUCAUAUCACAAUCCAGCUGAUUAUGUGCUCGAAGUAGCCUCGGGUGAGUACGGCGAAUGUGUGAGCAAGCUGGUGUGUGCUGUUAAGAGCGGUAUGUGCAAGAAGUACAGUCAAAAAGACUAUGGUGUUGGUUUGGUUAAUGCAAAGGUUAUAGCAAAUGACAUAGCUAAGGGUGGUGGUUGCAGUAGUGGUGUAAAUGCCAGCACUGCCACUACAACUGUAACACUGGAAGAUGAGAAAAAUAAACUGGAUGAAUUACCAACAGCCGAAGAUGAAUUGGGCGAACUUAAACCACCGAAACUAGAAACACAACAAUCACAACAAUCUGAUUGCACUGUUAUAAAUAUGUCCAUGCCUAGCAAUGGGAAUAGUAGUUCUGGUGCCAUACCGUUUGGCGCGAAUGGCAACGAUGAUAGCUGCAGCUUCAGUUCAAAGGGAGGUCAGAGCGCCCAUGCAGUGGGAACUAAUGCUAAUACGGCUGGCUGCACUACAUCGUUAUUGGAUUCGCAUGAGAGUGUUAUAACAUUACCGAAUAAGUCGGGUUUCCCCACAAGUGGCUGGACACAAUUUUGGAUAUUGCUCAAACGUUCCUUCGUUACAAUAAUGCGUGAUCGCAUGCUGACGCAUAUGCGUCUGGCAUCGCAUAUAAUUGUUGGUGCAAUUAUUGGCAUGAUCUACUACGAUGUUGGUAAUGAGGCUUCCAAAGUAAUGAGCAAUGCUGGUUGCAUUUUCUUUACAACUUUAUUCACCAUGUUUACGGCCAUGAUGCCAACUAUUUUAACAUUUCCAACCGAGAUGUCUGUAUUUGUGCGAGAACAUCUCAACUAUUGGUAUUCGUUGAAAGCAUUCUAUUUUGCCAAAACCAUGGCUGAUCUGCCAUUUCAGAUCAUCUUCUCAAGCGUUUAUGUGAUUGUUGUCUACUAUUUGACUUCCCAACCUAUGGAAUUGCAACGGGUAUCGAUGUUCGUUUUUAUUUGUGUCCUUACCUCCCUGGUGGCUCAAUCGCUCGGUCUACUUAUCGGCGCUGGUUUGAAUAUCGAGGCAGGCGUAUUUUUAGGCCCGGUCACGACAAUACCUACAAUAUUGUUUUCGGGCUUCUUUGUCAACUUCGAUACCAUACCAGGUUAUCUGCAAUGGGUGACUUAUGUCAGCUAUGUACGCUAUGGCUUUGAAGGCGCUAUGGUCUCCAUUUAUGGCAUGGAUCGUGCUAAAUUACAAUGCAGUGAAAUGUAUUGCCACUUCCGCAGCCCCAAAAAGUUCCUCGAAGAAAUGUCCAUGGACACUGCAGUUUACUGGGUCGAUGCGGUGGCACUAAUUGGCACAUUCAUCGCUCUACGUAUAAUCGCGUACUUCGUAUUACGCUGGAAAUUGCAUUUGAUACGUUAA